AUGCCAAAAAAGAGAGCUUCCAACGGUAGAAACAAGAAGGGUAGAGGUCACGUCAAACCGGUGAGAUGUGUAAACUGUUCCAAGUCCAUUCCAAAGGACAAGGCUAUCAAGAGAAUGGCUAUCAGAAAUAUUGUUGAAGCCGCUGCUGUCAGAGAUAUGUCUGAAGCUUCUGUUUACCCUGAAUACGCUUUACCAAAGACCUACAAUAAGUUGCACUACUGCGUUUCUUGUGCUAUUCACGCCAGAAUUGUUAGAGUUAGAUCUAGAGAAGACAGAAAGAACAGAGCUCCUCCACAAAGACCAAGAUUCAACAGGGAUAACAAAGUUUCUCCAGUCGCUGCUGCCAAGAAAGCUUUGUAA